AUGGUUGUCUACAAUGAUGGCAUCCCCGUGAAGGAAUUCCAAUCGGUAGCGGACACAGUGAACUAUCCCUUCAAUAUCUCGGUAUUGAAAAGAGAGGAGAAGGAGUUGGAUGUCUUACUCUCUCUUAUGGACAAUCGCACACAAGUUGGUCAAGAGGAUUGGUGGAUGACAGGAAAGGCCAUGACCUUGGAUCUAUUCC